UAUUGAAAAACCCAAAAAUACUGAGAGGCACUACAACUGUGCUUGUCACCUUGAGACAUAAGAUGUUAAGUCUCAUUUGCCCAGUAAUUUCACUAGCUAUGGCGCCCUUCAUACCGAAACACAAUAAUGCUUACACAUUACCACUUCACUGCAGAAAUAGGCAUCCGGUGCAAAGGAGCUUCCCACUGGUAAAAGUUAGUUCUAACCCAACUUCUAAUACUGUUUCAGGUCAUCAAAUCUCAUAGUGCACUAUCAAAGAAGACUGUAAAUUACUUUGAUUAUGAACUUACAUAUAAUUCUGAAGUUGAUAAUGAAAAAUUGGAAAGAGUUGAAGACGAUAUUGUAGAUAAUUUUGAUGAUGACAUCAGUAAUGAAAAUGAUAAUUGUGGUAUGACACAGGAUUUCUUAAGCAGGACCGAUUUUCAAGCUUCGAAGCCUUUGGAAGGUGAGCUAUGUAAGUUCAGAGUUGUCAGGUUGAGUAAAGACGAGUUGAUGAGUAAGAGAGAGGAGAAGAGGAGACAGCCUAACUUUAAGAAGAUUCCCUUUAAGUGUGAUGGCUGUGUUUUGGGAUUUACAAAGAGAGAGAAUUAUGACGAGCACUGGAAGAAGAAACACUGUGAAAGCAUCGGCAAUUUUGCGUGUAGAAUAUGUCAAAUCCGGUUUCGACAUGAGGCAGAGCUAGAUAAACACGAGAUUCGACAUUAUGUUUGCUACAGAUGCGCGCUGUGUAAGUUCGAAUGUGGAUUGGAAAGGACCGCCAUCUUGCAUUGUAGAAUCAAACAUGGCGGCGAUCACAUAGGAAGUAUUCGUUGUACGCAAUGUGAUGAUGUAUUCAGAAUACUAACUCCUUUCAGAUCAUCGGAAGAAUUGCAAGAACAUAGAAAUGAGAAGCAUUUUGUAACCUGUGAUGAUUGCGGUAAAAGAUUUAAGGGGAAACGUACACUCAGUAGCCACAUCAUGUUAGUCAUUUUAAAUCUAUUUUAUUUAUAUACUAGUGUCUCCUGCCCGUGUAUGCAUGGCUACGGCGCCCUUCAACUGAAACACAAUAAUGCUUACACAUUACUGCUUCACGCUAGAAAAAGCCGGCAUCCUGUGCAAAGGAGCAUCCCACUGGUAUUAAUUUUAGGGUCAACAGUUUUCCUUAUUUCUUUUAGUCGCAUACACAACAGGAAGAGUACACAUACAUGUGACGUCUGUAAGAGAUGGUUCUCGAGCCAACGUCGCCUGGAGUCGCACGUAACGUCACACAGUGCCGAGCUCGCACGAAAACUUUCGUACUGCGAUUCGUGCGAGGUUCAAUUUAAGAAUAUCCACGUGUACCGGCACCAUUUGAAAAAUACCGCUCAACACGCCAAGGAAACCAUUUUUUUUUGUUAUAGAUACGAAUGCGGAGUUUGCCACAAGCGGUUCUCCUCGAAGGGCUAUUACAAGAAACAUUAUGACUUUUAUCAUCUACGAAAAUCCAAUUAUAAAUGCGAUAUUUGUGACAAGCUAUUUGUGUCCGAUUGGCGUUUGAAGCAACACCAAAUGACUCGGCACGGACUGGCUCGAACCAGGGACCAUAGAUGUGAUGUUUGUCAGAAAAUGUUCUAUCCGUUUUGGAGGAGUUCAAUAUUUAACACCAUGACACUAGAAUUUUAUAUAUUAGAUAGCUAUAUUUUAUUAUUAUUUCAGUCGUCAUCGACUCUGCGAGACCAUUACUUGAUUCACUCGUCACUGCGAAGGUAUAUGUGCUCUCACUGCGGAGUCACCUUUAAACAGCGCGCCGCUCUACACACGCACUGUACGCUACUCCAUAAAAAUACAAGUGUUCAAUAAUUUGUGAUUGUAUAAUAAAUAAUUUGUGAUUGUAUAAUAAAUAAUUUGUGAUUGUAUAAUAAAUAAUUUGUGAUUGUAUAAUAAAUAAUUUGUGAUUGUAUUAUAAAUAAUUUGUGAUUGUAUAAUAAAUAAUUUGUGAUUGUAUAAUAAAUGUACACGUGCUCAAUUAUUUGUGAUUGUAUAGUAAAUAUAAACAAACUCAGUA